AUUCUUGGAAGAAAAUGGAGAAUAAUCUAAAACUACUCCGUAGUUUUCUCUAAUUGUAAAUAGGAUCAGUGUCAAAGGUGAUCCUGAAAACUCUUUCUAAGACGCGCUGCACUAAAAAUGGGAGGCGGGAGAGCAGCAAGUGAAGCUCUACUAGCCUACAGAGCGUUGCUGAAAGCCACGCGGAAGACCUUCGCCGGCGACACCCUGAUGCUCCGGGAAUCGGCAGCCGAGGUGAGGAAGAAAUUUGAGGAGAACCGGGACGCCAAGUCGGAGGAAGAGAUCAAACAGCUUCUUGAUGACGCGCGCGAAGCCUCCUCCUUCAUCUCUACCAUGAUCGUCCAAGCUCACCGCACCGACAAAGGCAGUUUCGCCGUGAAGCCGGGAAUGGAGCACGCUGGGGCUACACUUGAAAUUCCCUCAGAAGAAAUUCUUAAGAAGGGUGGUUGAUGAUGGCCUGGGCAGAGCAGAGCAGUUGAUAGAAAAGAUUUUCAUUUUCCUCUCCAAUUCCUCUUCCCAACAUACUACUCCGUACUCCUGUUUGAUAUUUGACUUAAUUUAUUUGAGUUGCUCCUGUUUUCAUGGGUUUUUACAAUUGUUGGGAUAUAGUUUGUUCUUGAAUGGGUAAGGACAUUAUCAUUAUAAUUGUUAUGAGAAGGAGACACUGUUAGCUUAAAUUGCCUCCAUUGUUUUGAACUGAACGUUAUGAAAAGUGAAUCGGGCUACCAUUCAUGUAUUUCCUUUCUUUGAGCUGCUUUUCGAUGUACUAAUGCCUAGACCUUGAUUGGCUAAAUUGG